AGCAUGACAAAUGAAUUUGUCCAUAGUUUAAUUUACAGGAAGUGAGCAUAGAUGUAUAGCUUUGUUAAUCUGUGGCUCCCACAUUAGCAGAGUUCCUUUGAAAGAAGUCCCAGGAAAGAGUGUCUGGUUGCUUUAUGUUCAGAAUGUGUUUGCGGGAUGUUGCAACGCUGUUCACCUUGACAACUCUUCUGAAGGUGUCUAUUGAAUUUCCAACUGGAGCCCCAACAUCAGCCUGUGAAACAAUGAUGCCCGGUCAUCCAGGAGUUGUUCCACAGUCCUCACCAUCACCCUACAUAAUUAAGACCAACUCUAGCUCUUACACCAAGGGUAACCCAAUACAAGUACAGAUAAUUGGCCCUGGAUACAGAGGGAUCCUGCUGGAGAGCCGGACCUUUAGAAGUACAGCAACACUUGGAACAUGGCUCCAACCUGUUAAUAAUACCAAGGUCCUAAGUUGUCCUGAAAACUCGCGAGGUGCAAUGACUCAUUCCAAUAUCAUUUUAAAGACACAGGCUACUACAUACACUUGGAUGCCCCCAGAGACUGUCUGCCCAAAUAUAAUUUUCUUUAUAGCAACUAUAGCUGAGGGGUAUGAUACCUAUUGGCUUGGUGUUCGAUCCUCAUUUAUCUGGAGGGAUUCAUCUGUAACAUGCAGCAAUGGUACUACAGUUCCCUGGAUAAGCUCUGUGUCUGUAAUGCUGUUGCUUCUCCUUCUCUUAUUAUUUUAAAGAAAUGUUUGUUUUCUUACCAACAAACCCUUUAAAUGAAAUAUAUCUUUAAACACUCCUCACUAGCUUCUCCUUUCUCAUCAAUAUUUAAGCAUGUAUGUAACAAGCACCUUUUUUGCAUAGAAUAAACCAACAUAUGUGACUUUCAUGGAAUUACACACAACCAGUUAUAUAACUAUAUGUAAUAUACUGUACUCUAUGUAAUAAAGCUAUGUCAAAGAUGACACAAACUUUAAAUAUUUCAACCCACUCUUACAGAUAUUUUCCCCAAACUGAAAAUUUCAUGAACAGGGAACAUUUAACAAAGAGUGAGAAUGUAA